GUCCGCGUUGGAGGCGCCAAGACGCCAUCCAACAUUACCGUGAAGGGUAAGCUGACCGGGCCGACUCCGCAAUUUCCACGCCUGGCUGUCACCACUCUCCACAUGGUAGCAUCUCACUUUCACGGCACUGAUGCAAUCGACGGAAACACCGGUACCAUUAAUGCUCCUCGUCAAAGAUCAAAGUGGAAUUACAACGUGUUGAUGACGUCGCCAAAGAUGAUUGGGAAGAAGCAACAAGCAAACUGCUUCGGUUAG